AUGGAUUGCUGCGUGCUCCAGAUCACCGGGCUCAUUUUCGGUGGUGUGGGCAUGGUGGGCACCUUGGCAGCCACGGCCAUGCCCCAGUGGAGGGUCUCGGCCUACGUGGACGGCAACAUCGUGGUGUUUGAGACCAUCUGGGAGGGGCUGUGGAUGGACUGCAUCAGCCAGCUGGGCCUCAGGCUGCAGUGCAAGUUCUACGACUCGGUGCUGGCGCUGCCGCCGCCGCUCGAGGCCUUGCGGGCCCUGAUGUGCCUGGCCGUGGGGCUGGCCGUGCUCUCCUUCCUCACGGCCGUGGCGGGGGUCAAGUACUCCCAGGGCGGCCGGGAGGGGCCCCGGGCCGUCAGCAGCCUCAUCCUGGCGGCCGGGGUCGCCUUUCUGCUGACGGGCACCCUGGCGCUGAUCCCGGUGUCCUGGACCGGCGGCAGCAUCGUCCGGGAUUUCUACGACGGCCGGGUGCCGGCGCCGCUGAAGCGGGAGCUGGGGGCAGCCCUGUACGUGGGCUGGGGCAGCGGUGCCCUGCUGCUGGCCGCAGGAGCCAUGUACUGCCACGUGUGGUGCCGGGCUGGGCCGCCCGCCGGCCACCGAUACCCCCGGCUGGCCCGGGCGGGAGGGCCGGCCCCGGGUGCCCGUGCCUAUGUCUAG